GUAAAGCCUGAAAUAUGUUGCGAUUUUCAAAACGGAAGCACCCCGUAUGUCUUGAAUCCAAACAUUUCUUUUUGGGCUAUGGCGUGGGUCCGUUUGGGACUGCUUCUGGAACCGCGAGUUAGUGACCUCAGUUUUAAACGAUGUCGCAAAAAUCGAGCGAGCCAGAGCGAGCUGUUUAGCUCCGUAGCUCACUAGCUAGUUAGCUCACGGGCUAGCGAAUGUAAUAAAUAGUUAACGUUCCCUAAAAUGUCCCAGUUGUUUGCAUCUACGGAGCCAAAGCCGUUCCGCCAGCAGUUCACCGGGUGUUCCCAUAACAAUGAACAUUUAUCGAGUGCGGGAAAAAAAGUCUCGUGCCUAUUGAAACGAUAACCCACCGUAUUGUUCUUCUGACUGGCUAGCACCAAGACAGCACUUGUACUUUUAGCGGAUAAUGAUUCGCUGAAGCACUUCAGCAACACACACACAAGGCACAAAAUAUAUUUUUUUUUCUUUGAGGAGCAGUUUUGCUAAUUAUUUCUUCAUUCGAGGAGUAACUUUCUAAUUUUGAGGAGCAAUUUUUUUUGCAGCUUAAUCGGACAGGGACCACAAAGAACAAUUUUAUGAAGCUAUAAAAAUAUGACAAUAUAAUGGGGGAUGUGAAUGUAGGGCUGGAGCUAAUGAAUAUUUUAUUACUGAAUUAUUCUACUCAAACACUCAGUUAUUUGGAUAAACUAUAUUUUUGCUGGGUUAAAGAGCAAUUUUGAACACAAAAGAGAAAAUAAGACCUUUCACUUCAUAACGUACGACUAAUUGGUUUGCUUUUUUUAUAUAACCAACAGUUUUUAGUUUUUGAAUUCACAUUGUUCAUAAAAGAUAAGGCGUUUUUAAGCAUGAACGGCUUGAGUUUCAGCAUUUUGUGACAAAUUAAUACAUGAGGUUCAUGGCUGUGCAUUUAUGAGCUUUGACCAGCUGACUGGGAAUAAGACAAAGGUUCUUUUCUACUACUAAAUUUUGGAAGUGUUCAAUUUGUUCAAACUAAAAUGAAGAAACCUUGAGAAAGAAAAUAUUUUCCUUCAUCUGCGCUACGUUAACUUCAUUUCUGUGUGUGUGUUUCGAUGCCCAAAAUGCGAAUUUUGACCAGCAAACUGCGAUGCAAGACGGCUUAAUUCGACCCUUGCAAACAUACGUAAGUAAGCAAUGUCGUGCGUUAGUGGAUGCAGAUUCACCAUGCUUUAUGCGUCCCUGAUCAUUUUUGUGCAUCUUAGACGCGGGACGCACAUCAAACAAACUGUAAAUAUAAUGUGAGAGUUAAAUAAGACACACAUAAACACACAUUAUUCAUGUUACGUUACUCUUGAUCGUUCAUAAACAUUCAUGAAUAACAUCUUUAUUAUGGCAACAAUUUAACAUUUCAUGACGCAAUCCAUGCUGGGAGCCAUGCGGCUUCUGCUAGGAAAUACAAUAACUCUCUGUGUAACCUUAGCCAAAAUCCCAUGAUGCAUUGGAAGCUGUAGUUAAUUACUCUAUAAUCACUAAAGUAUUUUACUGUAUGGUAUGUCUUCAAUAAGUGAAGCAUUUACAGUCUGACAGUGUGCUACUAGUGUAUAAAUGGAUAUGUGCACAGCAUUGUGUUUUGUUUUUACCUUUCUUCACUCAACACUUAGCAAUAUGAUCUGGGCUAAAAGGAAUAUUUAAUUUAGAAACAUGAUAAAUAAUCAUUUAGGGUUGUUUUUUUUUUCCCCAAGAGAAAAUAAUUAUUCAAAUUCGUUAGUUGGAGAGAUAAAAAUUGAACUUUCUCGCAUAUGGAGGUUCCAAUUUUUAGUAAGGGUAAACAAGUGUUUACAAUCUGUUUUGGGGAUGUUUUUCCGUACUCUUAAAACUAAUGCUGUCUCCAUUGUUUCCUCUCCAAAACACUACAUGUAAUUAACAUGCAGCCAUCCAGAGACACAUACUUUAAAAUUAAAAAUAAGGUCCUCACAUGGCAGACACUCUCAUUACAGGCACAGGGGCUGGUUCUCUCAUCUCAUCUCAAAUCUUUUAUUAGACAUGCUUGCUCUGUAGGCCGCAGCUGCUUGAGUGUCUCUACUAGUGUUUGACCCUUAGGGACCUUUAAAGGGCAAUGAUAUAUUUUUAGACUAAAACUGCUAUAGAUAUUAAUUUCGACUGUGCAUAUUUGAAUGCUUUUAUUUGUGUGCCAAAAUUCAACAUUUAGUAUCUAGAAUCCUCUUUUAGUUUAUAUUAACUAUUAUGUUACAAAGAAACUGUCAAAUUGCCACACCCCCAACUCAGACCCUUUACCAUCCCACCUUGCCCCUCCUUUCUCCCCUGUAUCUCUGUCUUUAGUUAGUCCAUUGCACUGCAGACUUCCCUUUCUUGCUCUCUCCACCAUUCCACAGAUUACUUCUCACUGCCCGCAUCUAGAAAUUGUGUAUUUUGUGCUUCUUGUCAUUUGAUCUUUGAUUGAAUUAAUUCUUGAGGCCACAAGAAAUCUGACACCAUGGCCGACAGAAGUCGUAUGCUGCGAAAAAAGGACAGACAAGAAAAAGAAGCCGGUGAAAAGACCAGGGAUGGAAAUGAAGUGAAGAAUGAAGAAGAAAAUGCUCAAGAUAAUGGAGGGGGGCCAUCAGCUGAGCAAUCCUCCACCAAUGAUGUAACAGCUGAUGGUAAAAAUGGAGAUCUUCAGGUCGAGCCAAUGGAACUACCUCCGUUUGAAAUCAUUGCAGGUGAUCGAAUUGAUCCUUUCGCAUUCAAGUUCCAGUUCAAGAAUGUGGAAUACUCCUCGGGCCGCAAUAAGACGUUCUUGUGUUACCUGGUGGAUCAAGGGAAAACAGCUGAUGGACUCCUGAGAGGUUGUCUGGAGGAUGAACACACCGGAACUCACGCUGAAGAAGCCUUCUUCGCACAGUGCCUGUCUGACUACGACCCUUCACUCAAAUACACAGUCACCUGGUAUGUGUCAUCUAGUCCCUGCUCUGCUUGUGCAGCAAAGAUAGCCGAUGUGUUAAACGCCAAGAAAAACAUCAAAUUGAGCAUCUUUGCUGCUCGGCUGUUUGAGUUUGAGGAAGCAGAGAUUCAGGCUGGGCUAAAGGCUCUGCAUACAGCCGGAUGUAAGCUGAGGAUGAUGAAGCCUCUGGACUUUUCCUAUACCUGGGAUACAUUUGUGGAGAAUGAGGAUCAACCUCUUAACCUGUGGGAAGACUGCAAAGACAACUAUGAGUAUUAUCAUGAGAAGCUGUCUGACAUUCUGCAGUGAACACAUUAAACAUGCGUUAAAAGAGAGAAGGGUAUCUUUUUUGACAAGAGGAGUCCAUGGAAUUUUUAGAGCGGGAAACUUCCGAAAGGGCAAUUCACAGCUGUGGAAGUGACUGCCAGAUGAUCUAUUUCGUGUCGUAAUCUGAACCUUGCAGUGGAGCAGAUGUGCAACUGUGCCACAUGAAUUGCAACCCUAUUAUAUGAUACAAAAAUAAACCCAAAUACAGCGGUGGGAAGUAACCUUCGU